GUAGUAGCUGUGGCCACAGAAGAAGAAGAAGAGGAACUCGCUUCUAGCUGCAGUGAAAUAAGCAGUAGAAGAAGUGCAGCUUCGUGAGAUUGUAGUGAUACGGUCGUUGGUAGUUUGCGGCCUUGAGCGACUGAAAACGGAGAUAAAAUACACGUUGAAGUCACUUGGGGUUUUUAAAUUAUGUGGACACUGAAUCCAGCUCAUCAGGGUUCAAGUUAAGCUUUUGCUCCCCUAAAACUCUUCAUCCUUCGAAGGAAUUUUAUCUCUUCUUUUAACUCACUGGCGUGUUUCAGGACUGUGGACAACAAUUUAAAGACGAUUAGCAAACGAAACAAACUUUUUCAAAUAUUUGAGACGAGCGAAGAAAGAAACCUGUAAACCUCUGGAACGAGUCAUGUCUCGCAGAAGAAGCCGCAGCACAUCACCGGGGCGUUAUUCGCGCUCCUGCAGCAGUAAUGAUCCUCGGGAUUUGGAGAGAAGGAUUUUUGUUGGGAAUUUGCCGACCUCCGACAUGGAAAAGAAGGAUUUGGAAGACCUGUUCAGCCCAUAUGGGAAAAUAGUCGGCGUAUCCAUGUUUCGUGGGUUUGGAUUUGUACAAUUUGAACGAGUUGAGGAAGCCGAAGCUGCAAAGGCGGCCCAAAAGGGUCGAAUAUAUAAAGGUUAUAAAAUAGAUGUAAAUAUGGCAGUGGAGAGACGGCAAGCUAAACCUCAAUCCCAGCAGAGCCCUCCACGAAGGGCCCCAUAUGGCAGUUAUGGGGAGAGCAAAGAACCCCGGCCUCGGUCCCGUUCACCCGUUUAUGGGCGCGAUGGACGUGAACCUCGGGAUAGCCGCGAUGGUCGGGACUCGGGUAGAGAGCCGAGGCCGGGUGGCCACUCUCGUGACCAUGACUACCGGUACCGUAGCUCAGAGAGCAGAGACAAGGACCUAAGAGGUGACCCACGGGAUCCUCCAUACAGGGAAGACUAUGACAGAUACUACCGCAGUGGCAGUGGUGCAGAGGACUAUUACAGAAGGAAGGAUGAACCCUACAGGGACCCUUACAGAGAUCCCUGGAAUGGACGCCGUGAGCCAGAGGAUGAUCGUGCUCGACCAGAAGAGCGUCGACGGAAUGAAUUGUAUCGACAGUACUAUGAAGAACUCCAGCGGCGCUACGACACCGACCGCCCUGUUGACUGCUCAGUCAUUGUUGUCAACAAGGCGCAAAAUAGGGAGUAUGCUGAGACAGUUGGGCGGAAGGUCCGUGAUUUGGGCAUGGUGGUGGACCUGAUCUUCCUCAACACAGAAGUGUCACUAACCCAGGCUCUGGAGGAUGUAGGCCGAGCCCGCACUCCAUUUGCCAUCAUCAUUACCCAGCAGCACCAGGUUCACCGGUCCUGCACUGUCAACAUCUUGUUCGGCACACCGCAAGAGCAUCGAAACAUGCCGAUGCAGGAUGCCAUGAUGCUAGUUGCCCACAACUAUGACGCUUACAAAGUUGAAAACCGUGAAAAAGAACGUGAGGAAAUCGCCAGAAAGGCUGCCAAGAUGGCAGAUGAUGUAUUACUCAGAGAGCCGGACAGAGAGAGCCACCCCAUUUCUGUGCUCACUGCCAUCACGCUGCUGUCUGAAAACAGAUUUGUAACCCCAGAUGAACUGGAUAGUCUCAUUGCAUACCUGAAGGACAAAAGAGCCCGGCUGGUAAGAAGCGCUGCUGACCUUCUUUCAGCUGCAAUUCAUAUUCCAGCUCCUGCAGAUGUUCCACCAUCAGCUGCAGGACUGCCUCCUUCUGCCCAUUCAACUCACACACCCCAACAGUCCAGCCAUCUUGGCCUAUCUGCUGGUGCAGGCGCCUCAGCUAACCCCAGCCAUCAGCAGGAGCUGCAGGCUAAAAUCCUCAGCCUGUUCAACAGCGGCACUGGAGCGUCUGUAGGCGCUGCUGGCAUGCCCUCUGCUGCCUCCCAGCCACAGGCCUACAGCUCCCUUGGCCCUCCCUCCUCCCAAAACCCACCUCGCUCAGCCAUGCCUGGGCCCCCUCAAGCCAGCCCCCAGGGUUACGGCACCCCGCCGGGCCGCAUGCAAGUUGCACCUGGUGGUCAAAGACCCCCCACCUCUGCUUCAGGUAUCAAUUUUGACAACCCUAGUGUCCAGAAAGCUCUUGACACACUCAUUCAGAGCGGACCGUCUCUUAACCACCUGGUGGGUGCUGGGGCCUCUCAGCAGGCAACCCCCAGAUCAGCACCCGGCAUGGGCCAGGUCCCAACAAUGUCCAUGUAUCCCCGACACUACUGAUCGGGCGUAGAAAAAGAUUAGUUCUCCUAAUGUGAGGUCCACCUCUCCUUCUGAUACAGUUAGACACCACAUAAAUUCUCUGUGAAGUGAAUUUACCAGCUGUGUAUAGGUAGACAGUAUGUCGGGAUGUUUUUGUAAACGCUUUAAAAUUUUUUUUUUUUUUUAAAUUUUAAUUUAAUCUUUUUAUUCUGGUCAUUGUUCUCAGAUUGUUAAAUCUGAUGACUUGUACAGACUACUUGAUGGUCUGUAUUUUCAAUUAUUAACUAGAAGAUAAUUACUGGGCCUUCUUACAUGUGAGUUAAAUGAAGUUGCAUGUGUGAAGUAUAUUUUGGUUCUUUUCCAGCUGUGUGUUUUAUAGUUUUGCACAGUGUCUUUUAAUUUGUAACACAGUUUUCGUUGUCAAAGCAGAAGACAUGAUUAAAAACUCAAGACACAAUUGCUGUAAUAAAAUGGUAUUGGUUUAUUGCAUUUUGUGCUGACAAAUCUAUAAAAUGGAACGGGUAUCGCCAGAAGCCAUAGAGAUAUGAGCAUUUGAAAUGUAAGAUAAAACUACUUUUUCCUCUUUUUAAUGUACCAUGAAACACAAUAGAGAAUAAUACACUUUUUUUAUUUUAGAAUAUUUAACUUACACUGACACAAAAAAUAAACACCUCCACACUAACUGUACUUGAUUUAUUUACAUGUAGCCCCCUCCCACCCUCGCCCACAACCACCCCUGCCCCCAGCAGUUACAAGUGCACAUGUACACACAUACACACUCCCACAGAACUGAAAGGAACACACUACGGCUUUACCAUAAGACUAGGUACAGUAUCAAGGAAGAGUAAUGAACUGUCUAGAAUGUACAAAAAAAAGUUUUGACACAAGUGUCUUUCUUUGUAUGCUGUGUAUGUGAUCUCUAUCUACAUCCAUUACAUUUUUAAAGCAUCCAUACAAAAUGUUUCCCACAACUCCAGUGAAUUAAAAGCACAGUGACAAGGUUUGU